GUUCAAUGGAUGAAUAAUCAAAAGAAUUGUAUUAAUGUCGGUAUAAACCGUAAUAAAAUACCAAUACAAAUACCAAUAGUUAAAUUGAAUCACAUGAACAAAAUUAAAGUUAACAUACAUCAGCACCUAUAGAUAUUAAUCAUUCUAUCAGUAAUUCGAACCUAAAAAAUUAAAUCCAAGACAAUAAACAAUUACAAUCAGAAAGAGAAAAUAAAUAAAUGUUCUAGUCAAACACAUAUUAAUAAAACUCAUAAAUAUCAAUGAAUUAAACGUCUGAAUCAAACUAAAAUUAAAAUAACAUAGUUUAAAUAUAAUCAAAACCAAUGAAUCAAAAUUCCGAAUCAAACUAAAAUUAAAAUAGCAUGUUUUAAAGACUAUAGAAUCAAAAUUUUGAAUUAAACUAAAAUUAAAAUAACAUAGUUUAAAUAUAAUCAAAACCAAUGAAUCAAAAUUCCGAAUCAAACUAAAAUUAAAAUAGCAUGUUUUAAAGACUAUAGAAUCAAAAUUUUGAAUUAAACUAAAAUUAAAAUAACAUAGUUUAAAUAUAAUCAAAACCAAUGAAUCAAAAUUCCGAAUCAAACUAAAAUUAAAAUAGCAUGUUUUAAAGACUAUAGAAUCAAAAUUUUGAAUUAAACUAAAAUUAAAAUAACAUAGUUUAAAUAUAAUCAAAACCAAUGAAUCAAAAUUCCGAAUCAAACUAAAAUUAAAAUAGCAUGUUUUAAAGACUAUAGAAUCAAAAUUUUGAAUUAAACUAAAAUUAAAAUAACAUAGUUUAAAUAUAAUCAAAACCAAUGAAUCAAAAUUCCGAAUCAAACUAAAAUUAAAAUAGCAUGUUUUAAAGACUAUAGAAUCAAAAUUUUGAAUUAAACUAAAAUUAAAAUAACAUAGUUUAAAUAUAAUCAAAACCAAUGAAUCAAAAUUCCGAAUCAAACUAAAAUUAAAAUAGCAUGUUUUAAAGACUAUAGAAUCAAAAUUUUGAAUUAAACUAAAAUUAAAAUAACAUAGUUUAAAUAUAAUCAAAACCAAUGAAUCAAAAUUCCGAAUCAAACUAAAAUUAAAAUAGCAUGUUUUAAAGACUAUAGAAUCAAAAUUUUGAAUUAAACUAAAAUUAAAAUAACAUAGUUUAAAUAUAAUCAAAACCAAUGAAUCAAAAUUCUGAAUCAAACUAAAAUUAAAAUAGCAUGUUUUAAAGACUAUAGAAUCAAAAUUUUGAAUUAAACUAAAAUUAAAAUAACAUUGUUUAAAUAUAAUCAAAACCAAUGAAUCAAAAUUCUGAAUCAAACUAAAAUUAAAAUAGCAUGUUUUAAAGACUAUAGAAUCAAAAUUUUGAAUUAAACUAAAAUGAAAAUAACAUAAUUUAACAAUAAUCAAUACCAAUGAAUCAAAAUUCUGAAUCAAACUAAAAUUAAAAUAGCAUGUUUUAAAGAUUAUAGAAUCAAAAUUUUGAAUUAAACUAAAAUGAAAAUAACAUAAUUUAACAAUAAUCAAUACCAAUAAAACAAGUUUUUGAAUAAAACUUAGAUAUCAGUCAAACUAUAUUCAUCACUAAAAUAUAGGUAUGUCAAAAUUGUAGAAGUGGAGUUCGCCAAGAUCUUUUUUAAUUGCCCUGCCAGCACACAUACCACAAGGCAUGUUUACAAGAACUAAUAUAAUCUAAUAUUAAUUUUGAAAAAGCCAUUAUUUUCUGUUCAUGUAUGAUGAAAAUACCUUAAAUAUUAAUUUUGAGUUUAAUUCCAAAUAAAGAAAAUAUAGAAAAAAGGAGAAAGUAUUUUAUUAACUAAUUAUGUUUAAUAAUUGAAAAUGCACCUAAUGAUUUUAGAUCUAAAAUUUAGGGAGAAUCUAAACAUUCAAAACCUUUGAGGGAUUUAUUAAAAGAGUUGAUGAUAGAGGAUGAUACUCCUAUAAAAUUAUGUUAACGUUGA